AUUUCUUUCCCUAACGUUCUUGGUUCUUCAAGUUAUAAGUGAGAAUUUAUCGUGUAGUUAACUAAAAUUUCCACAGUUGAAAUGUUUUAUGAUGUUGGUGCUAGGACCGUCAGGUCUGACACAACCAAAUUAACAAAACAACGAAUUUUGUAUCAGUUUCAACAGUUUAUUCAAAAUGCUAUACAGAUGUGAGCGGCUAAUGACCUAUCCUUUUGUAUGGUUCCAUGACGUCAAUCGUAAUGUGGCACCGCUACAAACAAUUUUACAUAAAAAGGAUGCCCUGGAUCGUUGAAAGACAGUCGGUCACAACAUAUGAAUUUUACACAAAAAAAAAAGAAACUUUGGCAUGGUAACAACAGGCAAUUCUAAUGAUGCUUUGGGACUGCAGUCAAUGUAAACUAGACAGACGGCACACAGCUACAGCUCAGCAUAUAAUUGCCUAUAGAAAAAGAACGAGUCUGCCAAUGAAACAAAGCUGGUUAAACAGAGAAAACGAUUAUAUAAGAGCAGGCACAUCCCAGAGUUCGUCCGCAGUUCAAGCUCUACCCUUCACCGAAACCAGAAUGAAAAUGUUACUGCUGUCGCUGAUGGGCCUUUUGGCGUUCGGAUCAUAUCCAGGCAUUUACGCCCAAAGUUCCAGAAUGGUCUGCUACUUCCCCAACUGGUCGCGGUACCGUACAGGCGCCGGGCAGUACACCGUGGACAAUAUCAAUCCGAACUUGUGCACUCACAUAGUGUACGCUUUUGCUGUACUUGAUGGCACGACUUACAAAAUCAAAAUCUUCGAUGACUGGGCCGACAUCUCUCUUAAUGGCUUUCAAAAAGCUGUUGCACUCAAAACCCAAAAUCCCAAGUUGAAGGUGAUGAUUGCUCUGGGAGGUUGGAACGAUUCUAACGAUGGCACUGGCAAGUACUCGAAGCUUGUGUCCAGCACUGCAAACAUCAACACAUUCGUCACUUCGGCUGUGGCUUUCCUACAACUAUACAAAUUCGAUGGGUUGGAUUUGGAUUGGGAAUACCCAUCUACCGCAGCAGAUAAGACUGGGUUCAAGAAUUUGAUUGUAGCUCUUAGGAACGCCUUUCAGUCGUCGGGAUAUUUGUUGAGUGCUGCCGUUUCUGCUUCAGCCGCCUCUAUUGACGCAGGUUACGAUGUUGCUAGCAUGAAUCAGAAUUUAGAUUUCGUCAAUCUGAUGACGUACGACUUUCAUGGAGCUGGUUGGGAGCCGAACACAGCCGAUCAUCAUUCCCCUCUCCUCAAGCGUUCAGGAGAGACGACCAAUUUCAAUUCCGAUUUCGCAGUGACGUAUUGGAUUGGCAAAGGAAUGCCAGCCUCCAAAAUCAAUAUGGGAAUACCUUUAUACGGAAUGAGUUGGAAACUGACUUCCAGUACCAUCGCACCACCAGCUCCCGCUUCCGGUGUAGGGGCUGCUGGUCCCUUUACAUUAACCGCUGGCUUCUUGGCUUACUACGAAAUCUGUAGCGCUGUUCGAUCCAGCGGUUGGCAAGUUAUCCAAGAUCCCACUAAAGCUAUUGGCCCCUAUGCUGUUUCACCGACAAGCCCGAAAACAUGGGUUGGAUACGACGAUCCAGCCAUGGCCAUUGUCAAAUCGAAAUACAUUUUAUCAAAAGGAUUGGGCGGCGGAAUGGUGUGGGACAUUAGUUUAGACGACUUCCAGAAUACUUGCGGUGCUGGAGCAAAUCCUGUCAUAACAGCCAUUUACAGUACCCUGACAAAUGGUUCGGCAACCAUCAUUACCACAACAACGAGAGCCAGCACGCAGACUUCAAGUACCCUUGCAACUACAACGACAACCAAACCUGCUUCAACCACAACUAAACUCAUCACCGCUGUAACAACCCUGUCCACAACAACUGCAGCAUCUACUGGAAUCUUCGUUUGCCCAUCUCCCAGCGGACUGUUUCGAGAUCCUGCUUCAUGUUCGAAUUUCUACUCCUGCGCCAACGGAUAUGCAUAUAAGAUGGCCUGCGGUACUGGAUUGUACUUCAAUCCAAUUUAUCUCGUCUGUGACUGGCCUUAUAACGUGCAAUGCACCAGCAGUGGCUAGGAAAAAAAAAUUUCUGAAAUUUUUUGUUUUAAUCAUUGGCUGAUAAAGGGAAACGCCGGGUUCAAUUUUAGAAAUCUUCAAAUAUUUUAAAACAGAAUAUUUAACUGAUGUAACAGGAUUGAAUACACUUUUUCUAAACCGAAAUAAAAAUUUA